AUGUCCCUUUUGAUUCCUACUUAUAACGAUUAUGAAGAUGCUCAUGGAGCAUUGGAUACUGAACAAGUAUACCGUGAAGCCUAUGAAAAGGCCAAAGAUGAAAAAGAUCAACACGGUGCGUGGAGAUUCCCUUGGUCAUUUGAAGUUGUUCAUGGAUUUUUCAAACAAGCAGAUGAUUCAACUGAUGAUGCUAAAUUUAAUUACGCUUUAGAAGACUUUGGUAGAUUGAAAAGUUGGAGUCAAAUUGAACAAGAUAUUAAAGAAUUGAAUAAGAAUGCCAAAUCGAAUGAGGUCUAUAAAGUAAUCUUUUUAGCCAGACAUGGUCAAGGUUAUCAUAAUGUCAUUGUCAAUAAAUAUGGUUUAGAUCAAUGGCAUGUCAAAUGGAAGUUCCUCACUACUGAUGGAGAAUUGACCUAUGCUCCAGAUGCAAGUUUAACUGAUGUUGGUAUAGCUCAAGCCAAAGAAAAUAAUGAAGCUUGGAAAAGAGAAAUUAAAGCAGGAGCUCCAAUUCCUAGUAAAUUUUAUGUUUCACCAAUGCAAAGAUCUUCACAAACCUUGGUUCUUACGUGGGAUGAUAUUAAACCUAAAUCAAAAAGACCAAUAGUUACUCCUUCAAUCAGAGAAACCAUUGGUGAAAAUUUAUGCGAUGAAAGAUCUACCGUAACUGUUAUCAAGGAAAGAUUUGGUAAAUAUGGAUUUAUAAUUCCUGAAGAUAUGCCUGAAAAUGAUAUUGAUUUCAAAUAUGAUUAUAGAGAAACUAUGCCAGAACAAACGUUUAGAAUAAAUGGAUUUUUGCAAAGUUUAUUCAAUGAAGAUGUUAAAUCAGAUAAUACCAUCGAUAAAGAAUUAGUUGAAGAGAAUACUUUUAUUUCCACUACUUCUCAUGCUGGUACUAUCAGAUGUUUCAUAGUAGCUCUUAAUCAUAGACAUUUUACUAUUUCCACCGGUGGUAUGAUCCCUGUUGUAGUUAAAGCUACCAGAAGAUUAGAUUAA